UUGACAAAAAAUGGCAUUGACCUCUAGUUGAAGAUGCUUUGGUCGGAUGAAGUCCAUCAACCGUUUUAAUAGUUGUACAAGAACAUGAGCCGGGGCACAAUCCCUCUUGCUCCAUCUUGAUUUCGCUCUUGUUCAUCACCUCGUUAAAAUCCCAUUAAAAAAAAAAAAACUAAAAAUCAUAUUCACAGCUCAUCGAAUUCCUGUACCCCCUUAAAUUCUCCAAACACAAAUCGUAGAAACAGGGAAAAUGGAGAAUCUUGCUAACCUUCGACCAGUUUGUUCUGUUUUUACCAAUCAAUCGUAAAAGAUGCAGAUGUACCAUGGCGAUGAUGGGCUUGCGUUGCAAUAACAGAAAGCCUCGGAUUCGGAAUCAGCAAUGAAAGGCGUGUUUUCAGCUCCCGGUGAUUAUAUCUACUUCAAGUCUCAGGUCCCUCUUCACAAGAUCCCUAUUGGCUUAAAGCAUUGGCGAUAUUAUGACUUUGGCCCAAAAGUGGUGCCCCCUCUUAUUUGUCUUCCUGGAAUAACUGGAACUGCAGAUGUACACUACAAACAGAUCAUGUCGUUGUCUAUGAAGGUACUACUUUGAUAGUUGAAACAUUACAAAAUUGCUAAAACAGAUCACCGAACUGCUAAUGUUUUCGCUGAAAUUAAUCGAAGUUCGCAACUUGUACACUGCAAUAGAGUCCAGCAGAGGGCUUAAAAACCUAAGCCCAUGUCUAGUAUUGUAUAGAAAUUGUCAUUUUUAUGCAAAUUCCAGUGCGGGUUCUGAUUUUUCUGGUGAAUCAUUCGGGUUAGUGAAAAGGGUUGCUCAGAAGAAUGUUGGGAUUUUCUGGGAUUUGGAUAAUAAGCCACCAAAAUCAUGUCCCCCUUAUGAUGCUGCUAUUAGGCUUAGAAAAGCAAUGCUUGAAUUUGGAUUUGUUAGGUAUUUGAUAGCUUAUGCUAAUAGGCAUGCUUUUAGCUACGUGCCACCAGAGGUGCUGGCACAGAGGAAAGAGAGGAAAGCUCUGAAUCAGUUGGAAAGAAAAGGGGUUGCUAAGCCAAAUGUGCCUUAUCUUUGUAGAGUAUGUGGCAGGAAAUUUUAUACUAAUGAGAAGCUUAUUAAUCAUUUUAGGCAAAUUCAUGAGAGCGAACAGAGGAAACGCUUGAAUCAGAUAGAGUCUGCUAGGGGAAAGAGGAGGGUGAAUUUGGUUGCUAAGUAUUCUAUGAAGAUGGAUAAGUAUAGGAAUGCAGCUAGGGAAAUUUUGACUCCGAAGGUUGGUUAUGGUCUGGCAGAUGAGUUGAAAAGGGCGGGAUUUUGGGUCAGGGCUGUGUUGGAUAAACCACAAGCGGCAGAUGUUGCAUUGAGGAAUCAUAUAGUGGACAUGAUGGAUAAGAGAUUGAUUGAUUGUGUGGUUCUUGUAUCGGAUGAUUCAGACUUUGUGAGGGUUUUGAAGGAGGCAAGGGAGAGGUGUUUGAGGACUGUUGUUGUGGGUGACGUAAAUGAUGGGGCUCUUAAAAGGACUGCUGAUGCUUCAUUUUCUUGGCAGGAGAUAUUGAUGGGAAAAGCUAAGAAAGAAGCUGUAUCAGUUGUUGAGCGGUGGAAGGACCGAGAUGUUUUGAAAGGAUUAGAAUGGACAUAUGACCCUGAAACAGAGAGAGAAUUGUGUUAUUCAGAUGUUCUGAGUGAGGGUUCUGAUGUAGAAGAUGUUUUUUCAGGGAAUGAAGAUGGUAAUGUGCAGCAAGAAGAUGCUGCUCCAUGGUGGAAGCUGGAACCUGAUACUGUAACUAUGAACAGCUUCUCGCACUCAAGGAAGUAAUGAUUUGUCGAUCAUAAGUUGCUCUGUGGUAGACCAUAAUGAGUACUCUUAGCUUCUCAAUUUCCUUCGAGAAAAAGAAGAAGAAGAAAAUUGUUAAACAUUGUCUGUUUCCCAUCAUCUGAAAGGAAUAGGUGCCCUGACUUACAGGAAAAUUUGACGGCGGUUGCUUUCUGCUUCAUCUACUGCAAGGAGGAUGAACAUUUUAAGACGUUGAGAUCCUGCCGCAGGACUUGAUGACUUGGACACACAUGGCUCUCAUUAUUCAUUUUAAGACUACAAAAUGCAGAACUCUACACCAUGAAUCACAUUAAGGUUACUGAACUCUUAUAUUCCCCAAUUUUGAGACCUAAGCAAGUCCAUUGAAGUUCUUGUGAUCCAUAGUGGAAUGGAAAGAUGAUUGGGUUAAUUUACAGACUCUUGAGGACUUCUCAAUCUGAUAGUAUGACUGGAUGAUACUUGUUUGUCAUGUCAGAUCGCUGGAUAUCAUUGGAUAUUUUAGAGGUAGGAAUUAUGACAAUGUUGUGGAAGAUGGCUGUAUUGCAAAUGAGAGUUGCUCCAUAUGAAGUAUGAGUGGUGGGCUGGUAGUCCACCAAUCAAUGAUGUGAUUGCUUUGCCUCUUAAAUGUACUUCCUACUAAGGUGGUUCAGGUGUAGUAAUCCUGAUCUUUUCUCGUGGGAUCAGAAAGGAAGAAUUGCCAUGGAAGCAUGGUCCAUUAUUUUCUAGUCCACAAUGAGCUGGGACAUUUGAUUAGUGGAAGAGCAGCUGGAGCUAAUGCUUAAAAGUUUGUCCGACUGAAGCAGUAGCCCAGCAUGGUAGUUUGUGGAACUUUGAUGAGCAUGAUUAGUUUAGCAACUAAUUUGGUAGGUGUGGCAUACUGAUACUGCAGAAGCAUUUGGUUGCUGUCUAAUUAACUUCUAAUAUAGCUGGUUCAGAAAAGCAAGGAGCAAAUGCUUGAAGUUAGUUGCAGUGACAGGCGUUCUGGCCUCGUUGGUAUCAUCUGUGCUUCUGCACUUAUAUUAGCCAGUUGUUUUGAGGACUUGCUUUUUUUUUUUUUUUUUCAUUCUUUCUGGGUCUUGCUUGUUUGCUAACCUAAAACUUUCCUGUUCGGCCCGGCAGCCUGCAUUUUAGAAUGAAUUGAUUUAGCCCAGCAGCCAGCCCAGUGCCAUGUUUAUGUGGCACGGCAGCCAUAGUUCAAGAAAACAACUAUGUUAGAGCAAUAAUUGUGCGAUUUUUUUUUU